GUUUUGUAUCGCUGCUCACUCUCUUACCUUGUGGUUAUCCUUGAGCGUGUGCACGCAAUCACGCAUCUAUGAAGCGAACGUUAUUAUACAUGCUGGGCGCAUGCAUAGGUUCGCAUGCAUCUGCCUUCGUACCAGCGGUUCCACUCAGUCGGAGAGCAAUGGUGCAACAACGAUGCCUCCAACAUGCGCUUUCUAUGCCAACGGAGCCCCAACCUGAGCCCCAACCGGACCAACCAGUCCCACCUCGUCGGACGCCGGUGCCGAUGCCCACUGUUGGAGAAGGUCGUGAGCAAAUGGACGUUAUGUCGAGGUUAUUGAAGGAUCGGAUUCUUCUUCUUGGGCAAGAGGUAAACGACGAAGUGGGGAACGUGUUGGUUGCUCAGCUUCUUUAUCUGGCGAAUGACGAUCCGGAGAAGGACAUUACACUCUACAUCAAUUCUCCUGGAGGUUCUGUGUCGGCGGGCCUGGCAAUAUAUGACACUAUGCAGUUCAUUCCAUGUGAUGUGGCUACGGUAUGCUUCGGAAUGGCGGCGUCAAUGGGGGCGUUCUUGCUUGGUGCCGGCAGCGCCGGAAAGCGCAAGUCCUUGCCCAACUCCCGCAUCAUGAUUCACCAACCUCUCGGCGGGGCUGCAGGGCAGGCUGCCGACAUUGAAAUCCAGGCAAAGGAGAUCUUGUUUACGAAACGGCUGUUGAAUGGCUACAUGGCAGAGUAUACCGACCAACCUGCGGAGAAGAUUGAGGUGGACACUGAUCGUGAUUUUUUCAUGACUCCCAUUGAAGCGAUGGAGUAUGGACUUAUCGAUGAGGUUAUCAAGACCAAGACGAGCGAGCUACCGCUGCCGGCUAUGCCAUCGUUGGGGUAGAGGAUGCACGGAGCUCGGUGUGUCACCGGGCUCAUUACACUUUGUGUCUAGGCUCGGGAAAAUGUCCGUACGGUCCAACAGUCGUUCCGAAGCCGACUUCGGCAAAGGACGGAGAAAGUACUCAACACAUGGGAUCGUGUUGUUCACAAUACAAAUACAAGUACAACACAUUGCUGAGGUGUGUGCCAUCGCGCAAACAUUCGGUGGUUCCGCGUUGACCUUCCCCGAAUGGUACCCGUCGGCUGCUCAUGUAUGAAUCCGAGCACGUACUGUUCAAAAUGGAAUACAAGCUCGGAAAAGCAUCGAAGUGGCUCUGGUGGUCGUUGCAACCAGCAGCAGAACCGCCCAGAGAUGAUUUUGCUGUAGGCUUCCAGCUCCAGUCCUGGCAGGCCCAACCACACAAAUUUGACUUAGCCUGACUGUUUAAUAUGGGGGCAGAAGCCGAGCGAACAUGUGGCAGCUGCACAGUAAUCCAGAGCAGCCGCACUGACUCUUGGCAUUCACUUUGGACAGUUCCAGCCUGACCUAGCAACGCAACGAAUUGCGUCGAACCGGUGAUCGAUUUUCGCGUGUCGACCCUGGUCUCUGCUGUAAAACAUCUAUAGGGGGUGGGUGCCUAAGGUCGAUCCUGGAUUUUGACAAAUUUCGAAAGCGACCGAAAGAGCACCCAGCAACCACACCGACGAGGUGCAUCAGACCAUCGGGAAGGUUUGAACCGUCAUUGUUCGCGAUGAUCCUCAAAUACAACGUUUUUGACUCGCCCUAAGAUGAGUACUUGGUGUCGCUAUCGCUGCCAUCACCUUGAACUUCGAUUGGACUCCCGAUGACAUCAAAUGUCCCACAUGGUGUUGGUUACCCCGCGAAGAGCUUGCACGUUAUGGAGCGUUGAUUGUGCACCCAACGCUCGAGAAUAUUCUCUAGCCCGUCUAGGUUUCUGGGGCUCUACACCCACGACGCAACUCUCUGAUAUCUCCUCAAGAAGGGACAUUUCUGAAGCACCCAGAUUAGCGUAGACAACAGGCAAUCAGCCGCGAAACACAGCAGGCAAUCAUGUCGUACAGCAUUCAUGAGGUAGUGUUCGCCGUGUCAUUUCCUAUGACCGUAAAGUAUGCAUAUAUCGCGCGAGCACGCUGUAACAUCAAGUUCACGGUCACUGAAAGUGACCUGGAGUUCUCGGAAGACAGCACUUCAGACAGCAGUAUGCUGUAGUCGGCAAUCUUCCGUUUUGGUAUAGAGUGGGACAGGGAGGGGGUGAUGCUCCUGUAGUCGAACGGUGGGACGGACGUGCAGUUCAGUUUUCGGGCACGCAUACGGUGCUGCAGGGAUUUUUAGGUGUACCUCUUCGGGCUCUUGGAUACCUUUCUCUCGUUUUAUGUGUGCGUGUUCUGUAGAUCCU